AUGGAACUCAGAGUUCCCCACGCAUUCAACCCGAGUGAAGAUGAAUCCAGAAAUGGGCCAGAGCCAGAGGGCCCAAAUGCCAUACCCGGGCCUGCAGCGGCCAUUGCAUCUGGAUUUGGCGGGCUUGGGCUCGAGGGUAUUAUGUUAACAGAUGAAUCACUUGGAGAAGGAAAUAGAGGAGUUAUGUCUGGAGAUGAUGAUGCUGGUUCUGGCGAGGAAAAAUUAUCAGGCAAUAAAGCAGGCGCAGCCGAAAUUACAGAGGCCGGUAGAUUAUUUUCCGAGGCUAGCGAUGAUGAAAAGAUCGAUACAAAGAUGGUAACAAAAAUCAAGAUUAAUAAUAUACUUUUAGUGUGUGCCAUUAAUGAUGAAGAGAAGAUACUUCUGCCCCUUUUUGAUACCCCCUUGUAG